AUGUCAGAAAGCCGCUCCGACUUGGAGAAGCGCUCAGGGCAUGCGGCGACGGACAGGGCUCGCCGUCACACUCGGCUGCGUAACAAUGCUGCCGGAUCCUCCGCCCCGGUGGCCCGUCGCCUCAAGGAUGCCAUCGCCAUGGCCUACCAGAGGACCAUCGUCGAGAUGAUCCUCCGCCGCAAGCACAUCGUCGCCUCCUCCGAUGGUCGUCACAUUCCCCUCGAGCUCGAGCACGAGAAGCCUCUCAUUGACACCAACCGCGGCGUCUCGUACGUCUCCAACAAUAUCCGAACCUCCCGGUAUACAGUAUGGGACUUCUUCCCGAAGCAACUCUUCUUCCAGUUCUCGCGCGUGGGAAACUUCUACUUUUUAUGCGUCGGUAUUCCACAGAUGAUACCGGGCCUGUCCACCACCGGAUCAUAUACCACCAUUCUACCGCUCAUGUUCUUUGUCCUCUUGACCAUUGUGAAGGAAGGCUAUGACGAUUACCGACGACAUCGACUCGACGAAGUCGAAAAUGCCUACUUUGCGACAGUUCUUGGCAGGGAAGAUAAAUACACCGGAAAGCUUCUGGUGAACAGUUUCUGGAAGCGCUACAACCCAUUUAUCAUCAAUUCAAAGUCCGAGCCCAGACCAGUUCCCGAAGAAGACUUCCAGGGCAUCCGAUGGGUCCCCGUACGAUGGAGAGAUAUCAAAGUUGGAGAUGUCGUCAGAUUAUCCCGCGACGAACCUGUUCCUGCCGAUGUUGUGUUGUUGCAUAGCGAUGGAGAGAAUGGAAUUGCCUACAUCGAAACCAUGGCCCUCGACGGCGAGACGAAUCUCAAAGCCAAGCAAGUUACACCCGCUCUAGAGGGUUGUGACUCAAUUGAAGGUCUCUCCAAAUGCGCUGCCCAGUUUGUUAUCGAGGACCCUAACCCUGACCUCUUCAACUUCGACGGCCGCGUCACUGUGGAUAAAAAAACCGUUCCAUUGACCCUGAACGAGGUUUUGUACAGAGGCAGCGUGUUGCGCAAUACCAACUGCGCUUAUGCCAUCGUCGUCAAUACGGGCGAAGAAUGCAAGAUCCGAAUGAACGCAAACAAGCACCCGAAAGCCAAGAAGCCUGCAUUGGAAGGGAUUGUUAACAGGAUUGUUGUCACAUUGGCUGUUUACGUCAUUAUCCUGUCGGUUGGAGUUUCAAUGGGAUAUGUCAAGUGGCAGAGGGAUACGGAGAGGCACUCUUGGUAUCUAAACCAAGCAGCGGUUCCGUUCUACCAGAUCAUCAUUGCCUUCAUCAUCAUGUUCAACAACGUCAUUCCACUUGCUUUGUACAUCAGUCUGGAAAUCGUCAAAGUUGGUCAGCUCCUCAUGCUGAACUCCGAUGUCGAAAUGUACGACGAAGAGACGGACACACCUGCCCGUUGCAAUACGAACACUAUCCUCGAGAACUUGGGUCAGGUCGGCUACAUUUUUUCGGAUAAAACUGGAACUUUGACAGACAACGUCAUGAAAUUUCGCAAAAUCAGUGUUGCUGGUACCGUCUGGCUUCAUGAGAUGGAUCUUGAGCAGAAAGAUAAUGUUGAGCUCGAGGCUGCGAAACUAGGAGACGAUGACUCGAGCAGGGCGCCGUCCGUGUUCAAUCUUGAACCUGUUACGGUGGUUAUCCCAGAGGACGAACCCCAACCUAUGAACAACAUGUUACUCGCCUCGCCCACACGACCGUCCAUGUCACCAUCUCGACCUUCCAUGUCACCCUCUCGGCCCUCGAUGGUCGGCCGCAGAUCAUCCUCACAAUGGCGCUCAACAGGACGACCGGACCACGUUCAGCCAGACGUUACCACAACGGACAUGAUCGAGUACAUUCGUCUUCGGCCGAACUCGAUAUUCUCCCGAAAGGCUAAGCAAUACAUCCUGGCAAUGGCACUGUGUCACACUUGCUUGCCCGAGCACAAGGAGGAUGGUGGAAUCGAGUUUCAAGCCUCGUCCCCAGAUGAGCUUGCUCUCGUCAGAGCUGCUCAAGAACUUGGGUUCCUUGUUAUCAACCGCACCACUCAGACAAUCACAUUGCAAAUCAAACAUCCCGAAGGGCGGGAAGAAGAGCAAAAGUAUCAGGUCUUGGAUGUAAUUGAAUUCAGCAGCGCUCGAAAGAGGAUGUCCAUCCUCGUCCGCUAUCCUGACGGUCGAAUCUCUGUCAUCUGCAAGGGUGCCGACUCUGCUAUUCUCCCACGCCUAAGGAUGUCGACACUUGCCAAACAGAAGGCCACAGAGGUACGAAAGAGUGCAGACUUGGAACGCGAGCUCUACCGGCGCAGCGAGCAGCAAGAGCCACGCAACAGCUUUGGUGGAAGACCCAGUCUGACAAUUCGCCGGAACUCUGCCUUGCAAAGAGAUCGAAGCACAGCCGGACGCCCCAAGGCAGAUCGAAGCAAGUCAUUCGAAUUCAGUAGACUUGCGCGCCGAUCCGAAGACAAACCUCGCCUCUCCAUUACUACUCGCGGCGUUUCGAUUGACGUUCCCAAGGGCAGUCAAUUCCUGCACACACCUGUCCACUAUCAAGCGCCAAUCCCUGACCAUUUUGACUUCCUCGACGAUCCAUCCAUGCACGACGAUUCUGAAGUGUUUACGAAAUGUUUCAAGCAUCUAGACGACUUCGCUACCGAAGGCCUGCGGACGCUGCUCUUUGCGCAAAAGUUCGUCACAGAGCAGGAAUACCAAUCAUGGAAGAAGAUCUGGGAUAAUGCCACGACCAGUCUUGUCGACCGACAGGAACUCAUUGAAGCUGCAGGUGAUCAGAUUGAACAAUCGUUUGAUCUCGUUGGCGCGACUGCCAUUGAGGACAAGCUUCAAAAAGGAGUCCCCGAAACCAUCGACAGACUGCGCCGAGCCAAUAUCAAGAUCUGGAUGCUUACUGGCGAUAAGCGGGAGACUGCAAUCAACAUUGCGCACUCGGCCCGCAUCUGCAAACCAGGUUCUGACUUAUAUAUCCUCGAUGUCAGCAAAGGAGCUCUUGACUCGCAGCUAAUUGCACUGACAGAGGAUCUGCAAGUUGGCUCCGUCCACAGCGUGGUAGUCAUCGACGGCCAGACUCUUGCCACUGUUGAGAAAUCGGCGGAGCUUUCAGCCCAGUUCUACAAUGUGAUGUUGCAGGUUGACUCGGUCAUUUGCUGCCGAGCGUCUCCCGCACAAAAGGCCCUUCUCGUUCGAACUGUUAGGUCUCGGUUGCAGAGCUUGCACGGUAGCAAGCGACGAGGGCUUACCCUGGCUAUCGGCGACGGUGCGAAUGACUUGGCUAUGAUUCAAGCCAGUCACGUCGGAGUUGGUAUCUCGGGUAAGGAAGGUCUCCAAGCGGCGCGAGUCGCAGACUACGCCGUCGCGCAGUUCCGAUUUUUGCAGCGAUUGCUGCUUGUCCAUGGGCGGUGGAACUAUGUACGCACCGCCAAGUUCAUUCUUUGUACAUUUUGGAAAGAAAUGUUCUUUUAUCUUCCAACGGCUCAGUAUCAGAGAUACGCCGGCUACAGUGGCACCUCUCUGUACGAGGCGACGAGCUUAACUGUAUUUAACACUCUCUUUACCAGUCUUUGUGUGAUUUGUAUGGGAAUUUGGGAGCAGGACCUUCGGGCGGAAACCCUCCUGGCGGUUCCCGAGCUGUACAUCUACGGCCAGCGGAACAUGGGCCUGAACCUCUGGAAGUUCGCUAGGUGGAUGUUACUUGGGGCUGUCCAAGGCGUUGUCUGCUGGUAUGGCAUUUGGGCCGGUUACGCAUGGAUCUCGCCGGCCGCACGCGACCAAGGCCUGUAUGCUUUGGGCACGCUGACGUUCACGGUUGGGAUCCUCUGGAUUAACUGGAAGCUCUUCAUUUUCGAAACACACUACAAGACUAAUAUUGUCAUGUUUUCCUUUUUCCUUACUACUUGGGGUUGGUUUGGGUGGCUCUCAUUCCUCGAUGCUGUCUAUGCUCCUGAACCAUCCGGCACAUACUCCAUCCGCGACAGUUUUACAACGUUGUUCGGAGACGAUGCUGUAUGGUGGUCGACGGUCUUCAUUGUCCUUGGGCUUAUUGGCUUGAUGGAGAUGGUGAUCAAGACCGUGAAGCGCCAGCUUCUCCUUGCCGGUCUGUGGAAGUGGCCGCCAUGGAAACAGAGCAGGGUCGGCGACAACAUUGAGGAAUGGGACGUGGAACUCUGGCAGGAGCUGGAGCAGGAUCCCGUCAUGCGAGAGCGAUUAUCACGACUGUGCCGCGAUGAGCCCCUGGACGAAGAAGAUGACCCGGAUCUCCAAAUUGACAUAGAGGACACACGAUGA